CAUCUCCAUCCGCGCCGCUUCCGACAGCUGGCGGCCGCGGGGAGCCCCGGGGGGCCGACAGGUACGGGGGUGGCUGCGAGGUUGGGAGUGGGCGGUGGAACAGCUGUGACCGCCCCGAGUCCCGGGGGAGCCGCGGCGGGACUGCUGGGCGCCGAAGUGCGCGUUAAUCAUUAACCCUCCGCGGCCCGGCUGCCCAGGUAACGCGUGAGGAUGCCCUCCUCGCCACCACGCCUGCCGCCCCCUUAUCUCCCCCGCCACCUGUCACCCUCAGGAGCUCCCGCUCGGCCUCGCGCCCCGGCAGGCCCCGUCCGGGUGCUGGAGUGAGACUCUCGCGCUGGCCUCUGGAGCGCGGGGUGGGCGCCCCGUCACCCUGCACCCAGCUUCCCCGGCCGGUACCCGCAGGGCCGGCCUCCGGGCGCCAUGCCCGGCCUGUACUGCCCCUCCAGCUGGACGCCGCUGCCGCUCACGGACUCCUGGGUCCGGGCCUGCGCCAACGGCCCCUGCCUCAGCGUGCGGGCCCGGCUUACCUACCGCAACCCGCAGCCGCAGCCGGUGGACGGCGUGUUCGUGUACCCUCUGGCCGAGGCCGAGGUGGUGUCCGGCUUCGAGGCCGAGGCCGCCGGACGGCGCGUCUCCUUCCAGCUGCAGAGCCGGCGCCGCUCGCAGGCCGCCUGCUGCCGCGCUCUGGGCCCCGGGUUGGGGACCCCGACGCCCCGCCGCUGCGCGCAGGGUCAUCUUGUCUUGGAUCUGGCCCAGGCCCGGUCCACGUUGGUGCUGCCCACAGGCCUUAUCGCCGCGGCUGGCACCAUGACGGUGACCCUGCACAGCAGCCGGGAGCUGCCCUCAAGGCCUGACGGGGUGCUGCAUGUGGCCCUGCCCACUGUGCUCACCCCGCUGGCGCCGCCAGGCCCGCCGGGGCCCCCUAGGCCUCCGGGGCUCUGUGACGACAGUGGCCCAGUGACCCUCCUCAUGCUCCCUUCCAGCCCCACCAGCUGCUUCGGGGUGGGCAGCCCUCAGGAGGAAGGGCUGGCCUGGGAGGAGCCGGCUGCCCCUCGGGACGUGUUCUCAGGCCCUGCCCGCUGCCCUGCCCCAUAUACCUUCUCCUUCGAGAUGCUGGUGACUGGGCCAUGCCUGCUUGCAGGCCUGGAGAGCCCCUCUCAUGCUCUGCGGGCAGAUGCCCCCCCUCAUGCCAGCUCUGCAGCCACCAUCUGUGUCACACUGGCAGAGGGCCACCACUGUGACCGGGCCUUGGAGAUCCUGCUGCACCCCAGUGAGCCCCAUCAGCCACACCUGAUGCUGGAGGGCGGCAGCCUGAGCUCAGCAGAAUAUGAGGCCCGGGUAAGGGCCCGCCGAGAUUUCCAGAGGCUACAGCGAAGGGACAGUGAUGGGGACCGGCAGGUGUGGUUCCUGCAGCGACGCUUCCACAAGGACAUACUGCUGAACCCCGUGCUGGUGCUGAGCUUCUGCCCGGACCUGAGCUCCAAGCCCGGACACCUGGGGACAGCUACACGGGAGCUACUCUUCCUUUUGGAUGGCAGCAGCGUGGCACACAAGGAUGCCAUUGUUUUGGCUGUGAAGUCCCUCCCACCCCAGACGCUUAUCAACCUGGCCGUGUUUGGGACAUUGGUGCAGCCACUCUUCCCAGAGAGCCGGCCUUGCAGUGAUGAUGCUGUGCAGCUGAUCUGCGAGAGCAUUGAGACCCUGCAGGUUCCGAGUGGGCCCCCAGACGUGCUGGCUGCUCUGGACUGGGCCAUGGGGCAGCCCCAGCACAGGGCCUACCCUCGGCAGCUGUUCCUGCUCACUGCUGCCUCACCCAUGGCCGCCACUACCCACCGAACCCUGGAGCUCAUGAGGUGGCACAGGGGGACAGCAAGAUGCUUCUCCUUUGGGCUGGGGCCCACCUGCCACCAGCUGCUCCAGGGUUUAUCUGCCCUCAGCAGAGGCCAGGCCUACUUCCUGAGGCCUGGGCAGAGGCUGCAGCCCAUGCUGGUGCAGGCUCUGCGGAAGGCACUGGAGCCUGCUUUAAGUGACAUCUCUGUGGACUGGUUUGUGCCCGACACCGUGGAGGCACUGCUGACCCCCCGGGAGAUCCCAGCACUCUACCCUGGGGACCAGCUGCUUGGUUACUGCUCACUCUUCAGGGUGGAUGGCUUCCGGCCCCGCCCACCAGGGGGCCAAGAGCCUGGCUGGCAGAGCUUGGGUGGGUCCGUGUUUCCAUCCCCAGAAGAGGCCCAAUCUGCUGCCAGCCCUGGCACUGAGCCCACUGGCACCUCAGAGCCACUGGGAACAGGCACUGUAUCAGCAGAACUGUCCAGCCCAUGGGCUGCCAGGGACUCGGAGCGGAGUACUGAUGCUCUGACAGACCCAGUCACAGAUCCUGGACCCAACCCCUCUGACACAGCCAUAUGGCGCCGCAUCUUCCAGUCCUCGUACAUUCGGGAGCAGUAUGUGCUCACCCACUGCUCUGCCAGCCCCGAGCCAGGCCCAGGCUCCACAGGCAGCAGUGAGUCCCCAGGCUCCCAGGGCCCUGGCUCCCCCGAAGGUAGUGCUCCCCUGGAGCCCCCUUCUCAGCAGGGCUGCCGCAGUCUGGCCUGGGGAGAACCUGCAGGCUCCCGCUCCUGUCCCCUGCCUGCACCCACACCAGCUCCAUUCAAGGUGGGGGCCUUGAGUACUGAGGUGCUGGGUCGUCAGCACAGAGCUGCUCUGGCUGGCCGAAGCCUCUCAUCCCCUCCAGGCCGGGCAAACCAAGUGCCCGGCCGACCCCGGAAACCCUCUCUGGGUGCAAUACUAGAUGGCCCAAGUCCUGAGCCAGGCCAACAAUUGGGACAAGGCCUGGACGACUCAGGAAACCUGCUCUCCCCAGCCCCCAUGGACUGGGACAUGCUGAUGGAACCACCCUUCUUAUUCAUGGCUGUGCCUCCUAGUGGGGAGUCGGCCCCUCCGGCAGUGCUUCCCCAGGCUCCACGCUGCCAUGUGGUGAUCCGGGGCCUGUGUGGGGAGCAGCCUAUGUGCUGGGAGGUGGGUGUUGGGCUGGAGACACUGUGGGGACCUGGAGAUGGCUCACAGCCUCCCUCACCUCCUGUAAGAGAAGCUGCUUGGGACCAAGCACUCCAUCGAUUGACAGCAGCCUCUGUGGUCCGGGACAAUGAGCAGCUGGCCCUCCGAGGAGGGGCAGAGACCACAGCUGACCGGGGCCAUGCCCGGAGGUGCUGGCUUCGAGCCCUUCAGACAAGUAAGGUCAGCUCUGCCCCCUCCUGCUUCACUUGCCCUGUAGCUGUGGAUGCUACUACUAGGGAGGUCCUGCCUGGGGCCCUGCAGGUGUGCAGCUCAGAGCCCGCUGAACCCCCAGGAACCCCUCCUGCCUCUCACAGCUAUCUAGCUGCAGCUCCUCUGCCCACUGUUGUCUACUCUAAAGGACUUCAGAGAGGCUCUCCAGCAGGCGCCUGGGACUCGGACCAAAAUGACAACUCCAAGUGUGCUUUGGGGGACCCUGCCACUCCCACGGAAGGUCCUCGCCGCUCACCUCCCCGUCCUCCCGGUCGGCUCAGCAUGGGCCGCCGUCACAAACUCUGUAGCCCUGACCCGGGCCAGGCCAACAACAGUGAAGGCAGCGACCAUGACUACCUGCCCUUGGUGCGGCUGCAGGAGGCACCAGGCUCCUUCCGCCUGGACGCGCCCUUCUGUGCCGCUGUGCGCAUCUCGCAGGAGCGCCUCUGCCGCGCCUCGCCCUUUGCCGUGCACCGUGCCAGCCUCAGCCCCACCUCGGCCUCAUUGCCCUGGGCACUUCUGGGCCCUGGUGUUGGCCAGGGUGACAGUGCUACGGCCUCCUGCAGCCCAUCCCCCAGCUCGGGCUCCGAGGGGCCAGGCCAGGUGGACAGUGGGCGGGGCUCAGACACCGAGGCCUCCGAGGGGGCGGAAGGGCUGGGCGGCACCGACCUGCGGGGCCGGACCUGGGCCACUGCCGUGGCACUCGCCUGGCUGGAGCACCGAUGCGCCGCUGCCUUCGGCGAGUGGGAACUGACAGCGGCCAAGGCUGAUUGCUGGCUGCGGGCCCAGCACUUGCCUGACGGCCUUGACCUGGCCGCCCUCAAGGCGGCAGCUCGGGGGCUCUUCCUGCUACUGCGCCACUGGGACCAAAACCUGCAGCUACACCUGCUGUGCUACAGCCCAGCGAACGUGUGAAGGCUGCCCGCUGCUGCUUGGGCCGGCGCCCCACCCAACACACUCAUCACUGCCGCCCAAGGCUGGCCUCUUGGUGCUGGGAAAGUGUAGGCUGGUGCCAGCCUGUCCCCCACUGCUUCUUACUCCCUCCCUAGAGCCCUCUUGCCCCCACAAAAAGUGCCUGCCUGUGCUCUCUCCCGCUCCUCCCACCCCACUCACACUCCCCUCCAUCCUCUGAGCUCCCUGCAGCACAGUGGAAGGGUAGAGAGCCACAGUCCCCAAAUCCUAUGCAAUAAAGUGCCUCUUAGGACUGCU